AUGGUUUCCACAAAACUUGCGGUCUUCAUGGCUAUCGGUUCUGCGAUCAGCAUGGUCGCAGCAGCACCCAUCUGGAACGUAGGCGAAAAUGGAUCUCGUCUGCUCAACCAAGACGUCUGUAAUACCCCCGAAUGUAUCGCCACUGCAGAAAGCUUCCUCGGUUACAUGAACCCCAAUGCUGACCCAUGCGAUGACUUUACCGAGUUCACUUGCGGAGCAUUCUACGAGAAGACAGUGGUUGAUGCCAACACGACAUCGGUCAACUUUCAAACGAUCAUGUCUAGUCGAAACAAGAUUAUCAUCCGUGAGAUUGCUGAUGCGGCGCUGGGAAAGGCGCCCAAACCUGCACCGGGCGACAAGGCAGCAGAGAGCAACCUCAGGAAGCUGCACAAUAUGUACGCCAGCUGCAUGAAUGUCGAUGCGAUUCAAACUGCAGGUCAGCAGCCCUUGACCAAACAAGUCCAGUCGAUUCUCAGUCUCAUCCCGGAUACACCCGCCAUCGACAAAGCUGCUCUUGCCAAGACCAUGGCGCAGUUGAUCAAACUGGGAGCGCCCAUCUUUUACAAUAUCAGCGUCAGACAACAGCUUUACAGUCCCCACUACAGCAGCAUUCAAGGCAUUCAGGGAGGAUUGACACUCCCUAUCACUAGUUAUAACCAGAGCCUUACAGACGCGGCAGAUCUUGUACCCGACAUUGCACAGCAGUUCCAGAAGGUCCUUGGAGUAACAGUUCCAUCUGCCACCAAUGGUGCUACGCCCGAGGCUAAGCCCACGGUCGGUCAGGAGUGGAUUACAGCUGCCCAGGAUGUCAUUGCCUUCGAGACUUUGCUUGCCGAUGUGAUAGAUAGGAAAACGCGCCCAAGCCUGGAUCCAGAGUUGCCCAUGUUUAACAACCCUAUAACAGUCGAAGAACUCUCCAACGCUACCCCAUCGAUUGACUGGCCGCUACUUCUGUCUGAGCUCCUUCCAGUUGACGUCAAGUAUGAUCGCCCGCUCAGUGUCCAAUCGCCCGAAUUCUUGCCGGCCCUCGAGACCCUCCUUAGCUCGACCCCGGUCAAGACCCUCCGCAAUUACUUUGCCUGGCGCAUCAUUUCCGCCCAGAAAGAACGUCUAAACACGGCCGCAAUUCCUGGACACGAACGCUGGGAGGUGUGUAACGAAGUCGUCGCCAAAAAUCUUCCCGACAUUGUCGGUCACUACUUUGUUGAGCGUACCCUCCCAGAGUCCGACCAGACCAUCUUCAGGACCACGCUUCAGAGUAUCAUCUCCUCCUACGGAGAAGGGUUCCCAACCCUUAAUUGGAUCGACCAGACCACUUUAGAAGGCGCCCUCAAGAAACUCCACGCCAUGGGCCUCGUUGUUGGACAGUCUGCAGAAUCCCCCAACGGCGCCUCGUCCGAGUCUGUCGAGGAGUACUACAGCGGAUACGAUGUCGACGUCUCAGACUACUUUGGCAACUUGAACAAAAAAUCGGUCUGGGCGGUCGAGAAGUCAUUUGCGACCGUGAACGAGCCUUAUGUGCAGAAGAAUAUCCUUCAGCUCUCUCCAACUGUGGUGAAUGCCAUGUAUAAGGCUACCACGAACCAUAUCUAUGCUUUUGCUGGCAUUAUGCAGUCGCCAAUGUUCCAUGCUUCUAACCCAGAGUAUGUCAACUUUGCCGGGUUGGGAGGUGUUGCUGGACACGAGAUCGGACAUGGCUUCGACAGCGAUGGAAAGAAAUUUGAUUCCACCGGCAACUUCACCAACUGGUGGACUCCAGAGACUGACAAGAAAUUCAUCGAAAAAGCACAGUGCUUCAGCGAGCAGUACUCCAAUUACACGGUCAAAGGCCCCGAUGGCAUGGAUUUACAUCUCGAUGGACCCAAUACGCUUGCUGAGAACAUUGCCGAUAACGUAGGCGUCAAGUACGCUUUCCGCGCCUGGCAGAGCCGUCUCAAGGCUGAUCCCACUGGCAAGAAGUACAAGAACUUCAAACUCCCUGGACUCGAAAAGUACACCCCCGAACAACUGUUCUUCAUCUCCCACGGAAAGGUCUGGUGCAGCAAGGAGACGCCCGAAUACUCCGCGACACUCAUUAACGUCGAUAACCAUUCCCUCAACAAGUUCCGUGUCCUGGGUUCUCUCCAGAACUCGGUCGAGUUUGCAGAGGCUUUCAAGUGUGCGCCCAGGACGCGGAUGAACCCCGAGAAGAAGUGCUCUCUGUGGUAG